AUGGGAGGCGGAUCGCUGUUUCAAGUCGGCGAGGCUGUCGAGUUCUGGCGGGUAUUGGUACACUUGAGUAUCCUGGCCUUCUGUCUGGUCCUCUUCGAGGCUGCUCUCCACCAUGUGGAGCACAAACUCUCUCGAUAUGACAAGUAUCAGCACAUGCUUCGCAAGGCAUAUCGAGAGCUCAUGGUCCUUGGUUUAUUGAGUCUCGGACUUAAACUACUGAAGGAGGUACCGGGCAUUCACGCCGACAGUAAAACCAUGUUAGCGUUCCAGGUAGCCGACCUGACCAUCUUCAUCCUGGCACUGGCGUUAAUUCUCCAAGCCAUUGUCGUCUUCUCGCAGCUACGCAAGCACAACAAGGUGGCGGAUCGGACAGAAUUAAUCACUGCUCAAGAUCUGGAGAUCCUCAAGCAAACCAGAUCUCACAUAUGA